AUGUUCAAUUUGAUAAUUGGUCAAGAUGACGGAUUAAAUAGGAUUUUACUUACUCAAAAACUUCAAGAAAAACAACAAGAAUAUGAUAAUUUAUUAAUACUUAAGAAAACUUCUCAAAAUUUAUCAAAUUAUUUUGAUCAAUUGGCCGAUAAUAUUGAAGAAUUAAGUAAUGGUUGUGAAGCUGUUGCUACGGUACUUCGUAAUUGGCAAACCGUUUUUAGAUCCGUAUUAUUACCAGAAACUCAAAUGAAAGGUUCAGACGUGACCGAACCAACCCUUUCAAAUGCUACGACCACCGAAGCUACAGAGCCUCAAAUGCCUGUUGUUGUACGUAUUCCCAUGAAAGACGCUGGUAUUGAUGAAGAUAAUUUAUAUCUAAAUAGAAUAUCUGAAGCAACAGCACAAAGAGGUGUGGUUAGAGCUACACUUAAAGAAGCAAAAAAAACUGAAGGGCCAAAAGACUAUACUAAAAUUUUGAAGACGAUUGAUGAUUAUUUACCAUAUUUAUUCGGUAUAAUCGAUUGCCUUGAAGGUGGUCAACUGAAAUUGAAAAAGGAGAUAGAGACUUCGUGGAGUUGUACAUUAAGUGAUUCAGUAUUGAAAAAGAAACCUCACGUGUUAUGCAAAGGAAUCUAUUAUGAAUUAAUUUUUGUUUUAUUAACUUAUGGAUAUGCUUAUGCUGAUUGGGCUACAAGUAUUAUAGAAAAUGAUAAAAAUGAUAAAAAUGAUUUAAGAUUAAGACAGGCAGCUGAUCUAUUAUAUAAAGCGGGAGGAAUAUUUGCAUAUAUUGGUGAACAAGUUUGUCCAAAAUGGGAUAAAAAAUCAGUGUCAAAACCAUCUGAUGUGUUAAUGGAAAUACCUACAUCCAUGUCAAAGAUCGCACUUGCUGAUGCAAAUUCAAUUGCAAUACGUAAAGCAUUAAUGCAACAAACCUCUUCAUCGUUGCUUGCAAAACUGGCAUUUGGAGUAUCAGGACACUAUGAAAUGGCGAAUGGAUUAAUAAAAAGUUUAAAAGAUCCUUCAAAAGUCUGUAGCGAUUUUAGAAAAUAUAUUUCAAAUGGUACUUUAUUUCAUCAAGUAUGUUUACAUCUUUGGGUGGUUAGCGCUAUCAAAAUUCAGAGCGGUUCUUAUAUGCCUAUCGCUGCAUUAGGAAAGAAAUUUCUUGCUCAAGAUGCUUAUGAACAUCAGCAAUAUGGAAAAGCCGUAGGAUUCAUUACAGAAGCAAAAGAUGCCUUUCAUCUUUUAACAAGAUCAAAAUUGAUAACCAUUUCAUUACAUGCUACUCAAGAAUAUGAAGAAGUUAAAAAUCUGCACACGAUUUAUGUUAAUUACAAUAAUAGAGUGGCAUAUGAAGAGGUUCCAACUAAAGCCGAUUUACAAGCUUUAAUUCCUUGUGGUAGGGUAUUACAAGAACUUACAAAAUAUGAUCCACCUUUACCUUCUUUCAGUCCUGUUAUUAAAAAGAUUACCUCUAGGGACAUAUUAGACGGUCAAUAUUACUAA